AUAACAGUUUGCUCUUCAUGGAUUAUCGUGUUCCUUUGCUUUCUUGACUAAACAUGAAGAGGACACGCGGUUAAAGUUUGCUUUGGUGCGUUGGCGAGGCUGAAACGCGCGGUCCAGACUGUAGCCAUACUUGGUGAUGGACACACAGUGGUUCAGCAGUCUCUGACAGUCUUUGGCUGCCUGUUGAAUUCAGCAGUCCUGUCAAAGGGCUCGCUGUGAGUGCAGACACUUCAUGCACUGAACUUGGACAAUGACUGACCCCAUCAUGGACUUUUUUGAUGACCCUAACAUAUUUGGGGGAGGGCUUGAUGGUCUAGUUCAGGAUGAUUCAGGGUUUAACCCUGGGACUGUGUCCUUGGAUGAUGAACUUGCCCUGGGUCCUAGUUUGGUGGUGGAUGCAGGGUCCAGAUCAUCAAUUGUUCAACAUGGGAUACCCUACAGUCAGCCAGUGGGGCAUUUUGACACUAUGAAGGUGCAGAGUUCAAUGGAACAGUCUUUUCCUGGUCCAGAUGGAGAUAGCAAUGAUGCAAGAACAUUUUUGGCACAACAAUUUCAAGGGCAUUCUUUGAAUCAAGUGCCUCAGACCAAUGGACUUUUUCUUCACAACAGCCCCAUGUGGGGAAACCAUGAUCAAAAAGGGAAUAACUACCAUCAACACCAUCAACCACACCAACAACUCCACCAUCAACAACUUCAGCAUAAACAAUUUCAGCAGCAACAACCGUUUCAGCAGCAUCAAGCUCAACAUCAGCAGUACAGUCACCAGCAUCUUCAGCAGAGACAGCACAGUCUCAAUCAACACCCUGUGACAAACCAGCUGCAGCUCCCUCACCAACAAGUAGCCCAUCAAGGCUUACACCACAUUGGCAAAAACUUUCAGGAACACACCCAUUUUUACUACGAGGACAACAUCCUGCAAAAUAAUUCCCAACAAGGCCACCACAACUCGCUAAGUGUAGAGGGUAGUUCUUUUCAUCCUACGGUUGCCCCUGGAGGCCAUUCACAGUCCAAACAGUAUAUUGAGUCCUCUAUGAUGCCUGUGGCUUCUCAGCAACACAGUGGCUUUCAGGCGACCCAAAGGGUUCAAGGUUUUACUACAGGUCCAAGGAUGAAAAACAAUGACCUGGCCUUCCCUGUUCAAUCUUCCUCUGCAACCAGUUCUUUCCAGACUGACUCAGUUACCCAUGCUUCAUCCUAUCCCACUGCUUGUUAUGCUCUGACCAAUCAGCCUCCCCCUAUAGUAAAUGUAACUCAGUCUUACUCCUCUGCCCUAGUAUCUAGGACAACAUCUUCUACAACCAUCCCAUCCUCAGCUUCAAACCUUUUGGACACUGGUUGUCCUUUUCUGUCUACAUCUGGAUUAGAACAUAAUCAACAAGUCCAAGUAAUGGGCAGUCCAGCCCAACAGUGCCCCUUACGUAGCUCCAAAUCAGACCAGGAUCUAUUCAGCUCAUCUGAGGUAUUCCCAGAUGGUCUGAACUCAUUUUCCGCAGAUACUCCCUUCUCUAUGACCCAGCAAAGGACCUGUGAUGUGCCUUUGGUAACAAACCAGAGCUUAAACAGUAGUAAUGCAUUUCAUUCGCUGGAGGAGGCCUUGCUUGGAGAGCAACAUGAUCAAAGACUUGAUGAUCUGGGUGAAGCUCCUGACCUUUUGGAGGAUGAGCUGAUGCCCCAGCUGGAGGCACUAGAUCAGGAAGAGAGCUCCAAUCACUCUUGGGUAAAUGCAGGGGUCAGGAAUAGCAGAGAAGUGAAAGAAGAGGUGGAGGAUGUGCCACUGGUUUACAAUGCACAGCCUCCUAAGAACACUAAUGGUCCCAGCAGCCAACCGCGGGUACACAGCCCAACAUUGAAGAGCAGCUCCUCUUCUUCCUCCUCUUCAUCGUCGUCGUACAUGUCAGAGAAGCGGCUGCAGAAGCAAAAGCAGCAGCAGCAGCAGCAGCAGCAACAGCAACAACAACAGCAGAUGGAGUCGCCCCUUUCGGAUGAUAAACAACAGAAGGCCAAUCGAAUCAUCUCUGAGGCCAUCGCUAAAGCUCGAGAGAGAGGAGAGAAAAAUAUUCCUCGCGUCAUGAGUCCUGACAGCUUCCCAUCUUCGUCGUCGCAGCACCGCAGUCACAAGGCUGGUUCCUCCAAGUCCAAAAGCAAGGAUAAGAGUUCCAAGAAGGCCCGGAUCGUGAAGUCAUCCAAGCCCAAACAAAAGGCUCAAAUUGGAAAAAUUGUUAUAAAAUUUGGAAAGAAGAAGCGAAAGAAGACAGAUUCCUCAGAAGAGCUGUCUGAUGAUGACAGACCAACUCGCAGAUCCUCUAAAGAUGAUGAUUCGAAACGGCGUUCAAACAGGAAGGUCAAGAGGAAGAAGUAUGAGGAUGACGGUGAGGCCCGAAUAUCUGAUGAAGAAAUGAAGGUCAUCGUCAAAGCCAAGAAGAGCAGCUCCAACAAAAAGCCUGCAGUGCAACUGUUUGUGGAGAAUCCAACCGAGGAAGACGCUGCUGUGGUUGAUAAAAUCAUGGCGUCUCGUGUGGUGAAAAAAGAGGUUUCUCCUGGGGUGUUGGUGGAAAUCGAAGAGUAUUUUGUGAAAUACAAAAACUACUCAUAUCUUCACUGUGAGUGGGCAACGGAGCAGCAGUUAGAAAAAGACAAGAGGAUCCAGCAGAAAAUCAAGCGCUUCAAGAUCAAACAGGCCCAGAAAGCACACUUCUUUGCUGAUAUUGAGGAGGACCCAUUCAAUCCUGACUAUGUAGAAGUGGACCGAGUUCUCGAGGUGUCCUACUGUGAAGACAAGGACAGUGGAGAGCCCGUGGUGUAUUACCUGGUGAAAUGGUGCUCAUUGCCAUACGAGGACAGCACAUGGGAGCUGAUGGAAGAUGUAGACCAGACUAAGAUUGAGGAGUUCAAAAAGCUGCAGGCAGCAAAACCACACACCAACAGAAUGGAGCGUCCUCCAGCAAGUCACUGGAAGAAGCUGGAGAAAUCGCGAAAGUAUUGUAACGAAAACUGUCUCAGGGAUUACCAGCUGGAGGGGGUCAACUGGCUGCUCUUCAACUGGUACAACAGGCGUAACUGUAUUCUGGCGGAUGAGAUGGGUCUGGGAAAGACCAUACAGUCCAUUACUUUUCUGGAAGAGAUCUAUCGCACAGGGAUCAAGGGGCCGUUCCUCAUCAUCGCCCCUCUCUCUACCAUCGCUAACUGGGAGAGAGAGUUUAGAACCUGGACACACCUCAACGUCAUCGUGUACCAUGGCAGUGUGGUCAGCAGACAGAUGCUCCAGCAGUAUGAGAUGUACUGCCGAGACUCUCAGGGUCGUGUGAUAAGAGGUGCUUACCGCUUUCAGGCAGUCAUUACAACAUUUGAGAUGAUUUUGGGAGGCUGUCCAGAACUUAACGCAAUAGACUGGCGCUGUGUCAUCAUCGAUGAAGCCCAUCGGCUCAAAAAUAAGAACUGCAAGCUACUGGAGGGCUUCAAACUUAUGAGUCUGGAGCAUAAAGUAUUGUUGACGGGCACUCCACUACAAAACACGGUAGAAGAGCUUUUUAGUCUUCUGCACUUCCUGGAGCCGACCCGCUUCCCUUCUGAAAACACCUUCAUGCAAGAAUUCGGAGACCUCAAGACUGAGGAGCAGGUCCAGAAGCUCCAGGCCAUUCUGAAACCCAUGAUGCUGCGUCGUCUUAAGGAGGACGUGGAGAAGAAGUUGGCCCCUAAAGAAGAGACCAUCAUUGAAGUGGAGCUCACCAACAUUCAGAAGAAAUACUACCGCGCCAUUCUGGAGAAGAACUUCUCAUUCCUGGCUAAAGGGGCUGGUCAGGCCAAUGUCCCAAACCUGCUCAACACCAUGAUGGAACUGCGGAAAUGCUGCAACCAUCCCUACCUCAUCAAAGGGGCUGAGGAGAAGAUUAUGGAGGACUUCAGGGAGGUGUACAGCCCCGCAGCAGUAGAUUUCCACCUGCAGGCUAUGAUUCAGUCGGCAGGUAAACUCGUUCUCAUUGACAAGCUGCUCCCCAAGAUGAAGGCCGGUGGACACAAAGUGCUCAUCUUCUCUCAGAUGGUGCGCUGCCUGGACAUCCUGGAAGACUACCUCAUCCAGAGAAGAUACCUCUAUGAGCGGAUAGAUGGCCGUGUACGUGGAAACCUCCGUCAAGCAGCAAUAGACCGUUUCAGUAAACCAGACUCGGAUCGAUUUGUCUUCCUGCUGUGCACUCGAGCAGGUGGACUUGGUAUUAACCUCACUGCCGCCGACACCUGUAUAAUCUUUGACUCUGACUGGAAUCCACAGAACGACCUGCAGGCUCAGGCUCGCUGCCACCGCAUUGGUCAGAACAAAGCUGUAAAAGUAUAUCGACUAAUCACACGCAAUUCUUAUGAGCGAGAGAUGUUUGAUAGAGCCAGUCUGAAGCUGGGAUUGGAUAAAGCGGUGCUUCAGAGCAUGAGUGGACGGGACAACAGCCUAGCAGGAGGAGGACAGAUGCAGCAGCAGCUGUCUAAGAAGGAGAUUGAGGACCUUCUGCGGCGUGGAGCUUAUGGUGCCAUUAUGGACGAGGAAGAUGAGGGAAACAAAUUUUGUGAAGAGGACAUUGACCAAAUCCUGCAGCGCAGAACCAAGACCAUCACUAUUGAAUCUGAGGGUCGGGGCUCCACCUUUGCCAAGGCCAGCUUUGUAGCUUCAGGGAACAGAACAGACAUCUCUCUGGAUGACCCUAACUUCUGGGACAAGUGGGCCAAGAAAGCUGAAAUUGAUAUGGAUACAGUCAAUGGCAGAAACAGUCUGGUGAUCGACACCCCUCGGGUCAGAAAACAGACCCGGCCAUUCAGCUCCACCAAGGACGAGCUGGCUGAGCUUUCAGAAGGGGAGAGCAGUGGAGAUGACAAACCCAAACUCCGCCGGCCGCAUGACAGACUCAACAGUUACGGCCGCACAGAAUGCUUCAGGGUGGAGAAGAAUCUACUUGUGUAUGGAUGGGGCCGCUGGAAGGACAUCCUGGCUCACGGGCGCUUUAAGCGACAGCUAAGUGAGCGUGACGUGGAGUGGAUUUGCAGGGCACUUCUGUCAUACUGCCUCGUUCAUUACAGAGGAGACGACAAAAUCAAGAGCUUUAUGUGGGAUCUGAUCGCUCCCACAGAGGACGGCAGGACCAAGGAACUUCAGAAUCAUUUGGGUUUGUCGACUCCAGUACCGCGAGGCAGAAAAGGAAAGAAGAUGAAGACUCAGUCAAGCUCGUUCGACAUCCAGAAGGCAGAGUGGAUCCGAAAACACAACCCAGAGCACAUGUUGUCUGAUGACGGCUACAAGAAACACUUGAAACACCACUGCAACAAGGUGCUGUUGAGGGUCAGGAUGCUGUAUUAUCUGAAACAAGAACUGAUCGGAGCACAGUGCCAACAAGUGUUGGAAGGAAUUGAUGCCAGUGAGAUAGAGGUCCGGGUUCCUGAGUUGGACCGUUCAGAGAUGCCUGCAAUGUGGUGGGACAUGCUCUCGGACAAAUGUCUGCUGUUAGGAGUUUAUAAGCACGGUUAUGAGAAGUACAACACUAUUCGUGCAGAUCCAAAACUGUGUUUCCUGGAAAGGGUUGGGCGGCCGGACGAAAAGGCCAUCGCUGCAGAACAGAGAGGAAAUGACUUUAUAGAUGGGGAUGUGGACGACCCUGAGUAUAAACCUGCUCCUGCUUUGCUGAAGGACGAUAUGGAGGAUGAUGCCUCCUCUCCAGGAGACCUGGUCAUUACUGAUGCUGGAGAAGGAGGGUCUAUGCUGGAUGGUGGUGGAGGGACUCUGAGCUCUGGCUCAGGGGUGUAUUGGCCCUCACCCUCUGCGCUCACCGCCCGACUGCGGCGUCUUAUCACUGCAUCUCAACGCUUCACAAAGAGCAGACAGAUCCUUCAGAUCCACCAGACGCAGCAGGCCAUGACCCCUGCCCUCUACCCUAUGCCCCCCACACUCACUGACACAUUCAAUCCCAAAAUCGCUGCUAAGAUUGAAAGACAACAGCGAUGGACACGGAGGGAGGAGGCAGAUUUCUACCGUGUGGUUUCGACUUUCGGGGUAGUGUUUGAUCCAGAUUUGGGCCGCUUUGACUGGACCAAGUUUAGAGCCAUGGCUCGACUGCACAAGAAAACUGAUGAAAGUCUACACAAGUACCUGUGUGCCUUUAUUGCCAUGUGUAGAAGGGUCUGCCGCCUGCCUGCUAUAGAGGGAGAUAUGGUGGAUUCCUCUCUUGCUAUACAACCAAUCACAGAGGAGCGUGCAUCCCGUACCUUAUACCGUGUGGAGCUGCUGCGGAAGAUAAGAGAGCAGGUUCUGCGUCACCCGCAGCUUUAUGAGCACCUCGCACUGUGCCAGCCAGGACCUGAUCUUCCAGUCUGGUGGGAAACAGGAUCCCACGAUCGGGAUCUUCUGCUUGGGGCAGCUAAACACGGAGUGAGCCGAACUGACUACCACAUUCUCCGUGACCCCGAGCUCUGCUUCAUGGCAGCCCAGAGGAACUACAGUCAAAACAAGGGAACCACAGCACAAGCUCAAGCCCCAAAUCAGACUCUUUCACUGGGACAGUGUCACACCCCAACCCCCCUCCCAAACCCCCUCCAGCACAUCCAGAUGAAAGAUGCUUCUGCUUCACCCCUCUUGAACCAAACCGAGCUGAAGCAGGAGCCGCUGUCAGAGGGAGAGGAAGAAGCUGGAAAGCGAGAGCUGAAGAUGGAGACUGCCUCUGUCAGACCUCCCACCCUUCAGGAGCGGAUGGGAAAGAUGAUGUCCUCAAAGUGGGAGAGAGCGGAGAGCAGGAUGGAGGCGGCCAGGACAAAGCCACUCACACCCAACUCAAUAACUCGCAAACAGAAGAAGCUGAGCAAGCGGAGCCGCAGGGAGGCCAGGAGAGAGUCCAGAUCAGACUCCGACUCAGACGGCUCCUCGUCCAGCUCUUCGUCCAGCUCUUCUUCAAGAUCUUCUUCCUCAUCCUCGUCUUCAUCACGUUCAGGAUCCAGUUCCUCGUCCUCGUCUUCCUCCUGUUCUUCAGGCUCCUCCUCAUCUUCGUCAUCGUCAUCCUCGUCUUCAGAAGACAGUGACAGUGAGGAGGCACCGAAGAACGCGUCAGUGGUUCCUGGUGUUAAAGGCUUUGACGAAGACAGCGUUGCAUCACUCAACACUACACAAGAUGACAUGCAGGACAGUCAUGUGACCAACGGUAUCUCUAAUCCUCCCCACCCUUUCCAGGGAGGCUACAUGCUUGCUGCCUCCUACUGGCCAAAGGACCGUGUCAUGAUAAACCGGCUGGACAGUAUAUGUCAGGCAGUAUUAAAGGGGAAAUGGCCGGGAGUUCGUCGUGCAUAUGAAGGCAAUGCAGUAGCAUCUUUCUACACCACCAAGCUCCUGGACAAUGCAAGCACACUCCCCGAAGACCCCUCAGACUCCCCUCAGGGUGCAAAGGUGAAGAAGCAUGUUGCAGACAAAGAAAAGGAGUUCUCAGUCAAAAUCAAUAACCAGGAGGGCAGCCUUAAACUGACCUUCCAGAAGCAGGGUUUACCCCUUAAGCGCCCCCUGGAGGGAGAAGAGGGACCUCUUGCCCAACAGCAGUACUUAGCCCGACUACAAGAGUUGCAGAACGCGUCUGAUACCAGCCUUGCAGACUACACCAAAACACAGAACUAUCCACAAGUACUGCCAGAGCAGAUGCGAUUGAAUGGAGUAAUGGAUGGACAGCCCAUAGUGAAGAGAAGGAGAGGUCGGCGGAAGAAUGUGGAAGGAAUGGACCUGCUGUUCAUGAACAGAAACAGGCCACCUGUGAUGCCAGAGCAGACUCCUGCUGGCUGGAGUGGCGGUGUCGCAGGUAUGUCUGGUCCGUCUGGGCUGAGCACACCUCAGGGGCCUAGUACCUUUGAUACAGAGAGCCGUGUUCCUGUCAUCAGCCUCAAAGAUGGGACACGACUAGCUGGAGAGGAUGCUCCGAAACGGAAAGAACUUGACCAGUGGCUAAAGGAACACCCGGGCUUUGUUGCAGAUGUAGGAGCCUUUAUUCCUACUGCAAACAAGCUGCAAUUUCAAGAUGGCAGACCAAAACAGAAGAGACAUCGCUGUAGAAACCCUAAUAAAAUCGACAUCAACAGCCUGACAGGAGAAGAGAGAGUGCAGAUCAUCAACAGGCGAAAUGCUCGCAAGAUUGGUGGUGCUUUUGCACCUCCUCUGAAAGAUUUAAGCCGGUUCCUGCAGGAGAACCCAGAGUAUGGGGUUCCACCAGAGUGGGCCGAUGUUGUCAAACAGUCUGGAUACCUUCCCGAAAGCAUGUUCGAUCGCAUCCUGACUGGGCCCAUCGUUCCUGAAGAGGUGAGCCGACGAGGUCGGCGACCCAAAAACGCAAUGCCUAAAGCAGCUAUGGUGACCAGUGCCAGUGCCAAUGCUGCCCUGGGCCUCAACCCACUCCUUACCAAUGGCCUGCUCGCUGGGCUGGACUUAAAUAGUCUCCAAGCUCUUCAGCACAACCUCCAGAGCCUCCAGUCUCUCCAACUCACCACUGGCCUCAUGGGACUGCCUCAUGACCCCUCCAACAUGGCCGCCAUGUUUCCAAUGAUGCUGUCAGGAAUGACCGGCCUGCCGAACCUCCUUGGGAUGAGCAGUCUCAUCGGAAAUCCCUCGCAAGAAGUGGCAGGUGUCGCUCCAAUGGGCGACGAAGAAGAGAAAAAGAAGUGUGCCGGAGACAUUCCCAAAUCAUCAGCUCUGAAUUUGAGUUUAGAUGGCAAAGCCGAAAGGACAGAGGCUCAAAGCUCCAAGGCCACCACCUCAAAUCAAACAAGUGCUUCUGCUUCAGGCCACCCACUGGCCCUCAACCCCCUUCUCCUCUCUAGUAUGCUCUACCCAGGGAUGCUUCUUACUCCAGGCCUUAACCUGCCUGUGGCCAAUCAGCCGCAAGCUGCAAACACUCAGCCAACCCCAGCGCUGCAACCUGCUGCCUCUGAAGCCAUGGCCCCACAGCCUGGCCAAUCAGAGGACAAAGACAGCGAUGAGGGGGAGGAGCCCGACGAAAAGAAGGAUACUAGUGGUCCAGAGGGCUCGGCCAAGGUGGACUCGUCCUCCUCCGAGUCCGACAGCUCCUCCUCGUCAUCCGAGGAUUCCGAUUCCAGCGACGAAGACUGAGUCUUUAUACGUGUACAAAUAAAUAUUAUAUAUUUAUAUACAUCUCUUAGAAAUGUAUACAUAUACACACAUAUAGGAAUUAUCCUGCAUUUACUACAUCAUGUUUUUUUUGUUUUGUUUUUCGUUUUUGUUUCCAUGUAAAUAUAAUAACUAAAGUGUUGUGUAACGAAGAGGGAAAAAAAUGGAAAACCGAGAUCCUAGAGAAACUGAAAUAAGAUUUCAGUGUUUGUUUAGGUACAAUGUCGUUUCAAAGAGACGUUUUGCAUGUCGAGAAACAAAACAAAAACAAAAAAACAAAAAAAAAACUUGUGAAAUUGUAUUACACCACGAUGUAAAAUUGCAACAGACAAGAAGCAAAAACUAAAAGGCAUUAUUGUUCUAGCUAUGUCGGGAGUUAAGUUUAUUAAAGAAAUGAGGACGCUGUUGCUCAUUGCAGAGCUGUAUAAUUAAUAUAUUUUCUUUUGGGAGAAAGAACACAUCGACUGUUUGGGUUUCAUUUGUAAAUACUUGAGCAGGAUCCUGAACACAUAGACUUCACAGAGCAUACCUACAGAUCCACAGCAAUAACACACAGGCAGCUUAUGAAUGUCACUGAAGCUGUAGAGACCCUGCGUUUGUUUGUUGGUUGGUUUGUUCAUUUUCAUCGCACACUUUCCUGUUCAUUCACUCCUCUUGUGAUUUGUGCAUCCGUUUAGAGUCCCAGAUUCUCUGCCUCCUUCCUUUUCUUCUCUUCAUACAGCUAUUUUACCCAAAGAUUUAAGUUUUGUACAUCACACAUACACACACACACACACAAGUACAGGCGAUCAAUCUUCCCAAUGGUGACGUCUAUAAUCAGACAUUCUUUCAGAAACACAUUCCUCACAAUGCCUGAAAUCAGUGUGUGUGUGUGUGUGCGCGUGUAUGUUUCCAACAAACAUAACCCUUCCUUCACAUCCAUAUAUUCAUGUUUCUUUUAGCUUUCGGACAGCACUGUGUGUGUGUUUGCGUGUAUGUACAGUAUGUAUGUGUGGCGUUUCUAUGCUUACAAACACUGUUGCCUCAAUUUGCAUACAAAUCUAUGUGUCCAAGGUCCUGUCGGCCUCCCGUGCAAAACCCCUCGUAACAAAACAGCAGUGUGUACAUCCUCUAAUUUCCACAGACUGCGACAGUAUUGACACACGAGUUCGUCACAUGCUAAUUCCCCCACAUUUGUGAUCCACAUGAGAGUAUUGAGAGGAAUUCAAGUAUUUGCAGUAGUAUUUCAGUUACUUUCUCGAGACACGUGUUACAAAGGUCAAGAUCACAUGUUCCUUCAUUUUUCAGUUCCACAUAGUCGCCUUUGCUGCUGUUAGGUGUAAAUGACUGAUCUAGAAGUGUCCUUAUGCCAUUCUUUCAGUGUCUGUCCCUCAUAGACCAGUUGAUCGCAGAUCUGCACCUCGGCCAACACAAUGAACCUCACUGGCGUUUUCGAAUCAGGACGUGUACUGUAUGUUUCUCUGUUACAUGUGCUGAUGUGCGCUUUGUUCUAGACUGUUAGGCUCGUUUGAUUCUCUGCUCCGUCAGGUUUGGCUACUGAAGUUCUCCCAUUUGUGAUGCAAGUUUCUUCGGGAUGCACUGCACAAUGCAACUCUUUGCCUGUCUCACUAGUGAACACAGUACUAUUAAUGGGUCUUUCCAAGCAUGUAUGAUUUCAUUCAUCAUGGUUUUCACACAGACGCCCUCACUGUAUCUCUCUCUCUCUCUUUCUCAGUGUGAUUUUUGCCUCAUUAGAUGUUCUGAAUGCCGUCUCCUCUCCACUGUGGCAUCAGAUCUUCCUCUUUCCAGUUAGUUCGUGCUGAGCCGCGCACUUUGAAACUGUGUACAGGUAUUGCUGCUUUCCACUUCUUCCCAAAACCGCACACGAAACCUAUAUAGUUCCUCGUACGACGACAUCCGCAGCGUCAGCAUCUCAUUUAACUGAAUGAUGUUCUGAGAAAAAAAUUGCAGGUUUGACUUAGAGUUGGAUGUUUUUUUUUGUUUGUCGUCAUCAUGUGCACAUGGAUUCAAUACUUUGCUUGUAUUUCAUAUGUUGCAUUAUGAAUCGCUGGACUACUGACCAGAAUCAGGGCAAGACUCGCCGUUGUGGCACAAAGACAAUGACAUCCACCAUGCAACCGCAAAUGAAAUAGAAAUACACUACUGCAAAUAAACGUUUGUUUUCAAUUAUGUGGAUGAUUGAAUUGACAGACUGACUCAUUUGUUCUCAUGGCUUAUUUUCUUUUUAUUUCCAACGUUUUUAAAUGAAAGCCCCUCUUUUUCCCUUUUCUUUUUGCUCAAAUGUGUUUCUGGACAGUUGCAAUACAUGCAAGUUGUGGCCUGUGUAGUCAAUUAAUGCUUCUUGUAGUGCAGGAUACAUGUCUUAAAAAGUUUGUAAUUUAUUGAAUUACUUUCUAUGAAGUUCUAUAGAAGAAAUUGAGGUUUAAUUAUUUUUAUUAAACAUAUUCUGACUCUACAGAA